UGGGGGAAACCUGGAUGGGCCCUGAGGGGCUCUGCCAGCCCAUGGUGCUGCUGGGGAAGGGGGUUACACUGCCCUGGCUUUGGGGAUGGGGAUGAAGGAGGUUGUUUCCUCUCCCAGUUCCUGCUGGGCUGCAGGAGGAAGCUGGUUUGAUGCCCAGGGCACCACAAAAAGGAAUCUCAUCAGAAGGAAUCUCAUCUCUCCCAGAGCCUGCUGAUCCAGAGGGUGCAGUGUGGUCACGGCUGAGGAUGCCCAAGUGCUACAGCUUUGCCAGAUCCCGUGUCUCCAAGCACCAGGUGAGGGGGUUGAGUGUGGGCUCGUGGCAGAGUUUGGGAUGAGGAGCCUGUGGUCAUCAGCUGAUCUCAGCCUUUUGUGUGCCCUUGAGCAAUGCCAUGGGAAUUUUGCCCUUCUGUGAGCUUCUGCCAACUCCUGUUCGCUUCUCUCUUCUCCUUCUUGAUUUUUAUACAUCAAACUUCCUUGAAAAUGGAGGAAAUGAAACCACAGGGCUUUUUUGUGAGUGACAAGGGACUGGUCAGCCUCCUCCCAGAGAAGAAAUGAAAUUUAGGGGGAAGGCAAGAAAAUUAUCUCCCUGAUCAUUUUUGCUGGUUUCAGGAGUUUGGAGGCCACGUGGUCGGGCAGUUCAUCUCCCAACUCUGCAAAUAUCCCGUGGGCACCACGGAACACAUGGCAUGUGGAGCAUGGACCUGCUGGUCCCAGACAGGUCCUGCUGCAGGGCUGGAUCCUUUCUCCAUAGUUUUGAACCCUUUCCCAGCUAGGUAGAUCUGGGUGAAGUUUUCCUCCUCAGAGGCUGGGUUUGCUGGGGACUUGGGGAUGUGUGAGGACCGUGGGAAGGGGGAGACAUGGGGUGGGGAGGUGGAGAGCAGGGGCAGAUGGGGCUGAGGAGGAGCAUAUUGCCUUGGGAAUGUGGAUCUUUGUUUCCUGGCAGCUGCAGGAAGAGCCAUUUCUGCUGACUUUCACACAGGGACUAGCACUCAGGAGGUCCUGAGUGUGGGUGGUUCUGACUUGGGCCCUGGGUGCUGGGUUUGCUGAAAUCUUGAGCAGCCCCAGGACACCCAAAGGUCUGAGAGCAGGGGGAUAAGAGCGUCCUGAAUCUCACUUGGACAAGGUGAGGGACAUGCACUGGCUUCCCAAAGUUACUGGAGAUUCAACAUCUAGGACAUGUCCAGCCUUGGCUUGGGAUGCAGCAGAAAUAACAGCACCUUCUUCCCCCACAGGACACGCAUCCCUGGGCUCCUGUCAAACCCUGAGCUGGGCGCUGGAGGCAAGAGGGGUCUGGAGGGACACAAGGGGAAUAGGUGCCAUGCAGGGGUGGCAUUUCUCCACCUUGCAGGAGUGAUGGCGUGGCUGAGCAGGGCAGAGCCACCCCCGGUCGCCAUCUCUGUGGGCUGAAACCCCAAGUGAGGGUUCUGCUGCGUAGAGGAGUCACCCUGCAGGGCUCGUCCCCAGGAGCUGUGUGACACCCUGUACCCCUGGCUGCCUGCUGGGCCCCGUGGUUCCUCCUUGCCGUGGGUGAGUGCAUGACCCGGGCUGGGAGCGCUGUGCUGGGUGAGGAGAGCAGGGCCGCGCUCGCUGCUCCAUGUGACUGCAGUUUCCGCUGCAGCCUCCUUCCGCAAAGCCUAAAUUGGUGCUCAGAGAGAGGGCGGGUGGCACACGGCCUGCAGGGUGGCACACAGACCCUGUGGGUGGCACACGGACCCCGCGGGUCACCCCUGUCCCCAGGACCCCCCUGAGCGCAGCUGAGGGGCCGCAGGAUGGAUGGUGCCAAAGCCCAGGUGCUGUUCCACAUGUGGCAGCUGUGAAAGUGCCGUGUGUCAAACACUCGCUGAGCCCUCACUGCUCAUUUGCCUGAGUUUCAGCUUUUCCCCAGAUGCAAAUGCCGUCAGCUCCGCUCCCACCAGGAGUGCCGCCACUGGGAUGGAGGCUCCGCUCCCUGGUGUCUCCCUGCUUCUUCUCCUCCUGGCUGUGGGAUGGGGAAGCAGGAUGGACGCAGCCUGGGCACCAUCUCCUGGGAGCUGUGAGCUUGUGCAGAGCAUCAUGGAUUGCACUGGCAGAUGGCUGAGUUCCAUCCCAGGAAACCUUCGAGGCGAUACCGAGGAGCUGUUUCUUGAUGACAACACUAUCCAGGUCCUGGGCAAUGCCUCUCUGCUCCUGUAUCCCCAGCUCUGGCAUCUCAGCCUGACCAGGAACAGGCUGGAGCUCAUUGAGCCCGGUGCCUUCCUCAGCAGCCAAGGCCUGGAGGUGCUCUCCUUGACAGACAACCUGCUCUUCACCAACUACUCGCUGACAGCCGCUGCUCUGUCUGCUCUGCCGGCCUUGAGGAUGCUGGAUCUGGCUGGAAACCAGCUCAGGGAGGACAUGGUAUCAGUUUUGGUCUCAAACCUCUCUUCCCUGGAGUCCCUGUCUGUGGCCAGAAACAUCAUCAUGAGGCUGGACUCAUCCACCUUCACAAACCUGACAGAGCUGCUGGAGCUGAACCUGGAGAAGAACUACAUCUUUGAGAUUGACAAUGCUUUUGAAGGGCUGCAGAGGCUGCAGAGGCUCAACAUAGCUUACAACUACCUCCCGUGUCUGGUGGGGUUUGACCUGACCCAGCUUAGGGUGCUCAACGUCAGCAACAAUGUCAUUGAGUGGUUUCUGACCCUGGAAAUUGAUGACCUCUUUGAGCUGGAGGUGCUGGACCUGUCCCACAACCGCCUCCUGUUCUUCCCUGUGCUGCCCCAGAAGAGCAAGCUGCACACCUUGCUGCUGCAGGACAACAGGAUGAGCUUCUACCAGCGUCUCCCCAACGGCACCUCCCUGGCCAACGUCACCAUGCAGUUCCUGAUCAUUGAUGGCAACUCCACCAACAUCACAACAGUCAGGCUCUGGGACGAGCUCUGCCACAGCAACCUCUCCUCCCUGCGCCUCCUGGACAUGAGCCAGAAUGAAGUCUGGGGCCUGCCAGAUGAAUUCUUGGCCCAGAUGCCCUCUCUGACCCACCUGAAGCUCAACCAGAACUGCCUGGAGUCAUUUCACCUGUCGGAGGAGGACCCCUUGGCCAUGCUGACAGAGCUGGACCUCAGCCAGAACCAGCUGGUGGAGCUGGGGGUGAAGGUGGGCGCUGGGGACAUCCUGCCCAGCCUGCAGCUCUUUAACCUCAGCACCAACAGGCUGCAGGCUCUUCCUCCCGGGAUUUUCACCCGCACCAGGAAGAUCACUACUCUGGACCUCAGCUACAACCGGGUUGACCUCUGUCCCCAGCCAGGUGAGGCUGAGAGUCUCGCCUGCGUGGACAUCAGGGGUGUGGAGACCUUGACCCACCUCUCCUUGGCUGGCUGUGGUUUGCAGGGGAUGGAUGGCCGUCCCUUCCAGGGGACAUCACUGGUUCAUCUGGACCUCUCUGACAACCGCCAGCUGCUGUCCGGGGACCCGGGGUGGCUGCAGGACCUUGUCCUGACCCUGCAGGUGCUGUCUCUGAGGAACACCAGCCUCUCUUCCACCGCCGUGGACCUCUCUGCCCUGAGCAGCCUGGUGCGCUUGGACCUCUCCGGAAAUUGCUUGGCUGCAUUCCCCGCCUCGCUGGUCAGGCUGAGGCUGCGCAGCCUGGACCUGCGGGACAACUGCCUGCGGGCGCUGCCGCAGGACGUGGCACGAGUGCCGCUGGGGAGCAGCCUGCGGGAGCUCUACCUCAGCCGAAACCCCUACAACUGCUGCACGCUGGGCUGGUGGGACGCCCUGCAGCGGGCCGAGGGGCUGCGCGUCCCCGACGGGCCAGAGGUGACCUGCAGCCACGGGUCCCGCGCGCUCAGCCCCGGCGCGCUGCCCCAGCCCGUGCUGCAGGGCUGCCGCUGGCACGAGGCCGACCUGGCGCUGCUCUACCUGGUGCUGGCUCUGCCCACCUGCCUGACGCUCCUGGUGGCCUUCGUUGUUGUCUUGCUCGUGGUCAAGGAGAAGCUGCUGAGAAUGGUGAAAAGCCGGUGUGGGGUGUCCAGCCCUUACUAAUGGCUGAGGAAGAGGAAGGGCUUGGGAAUAGUCAAUAACAGGGGGUGGCCAAGAGUACAGGUGAUAACCCCUCCAAGGUGGUCGAGAUGGAAACCUGGUGGAUGCAGGACAGGAGGUGCUGGGAGAGCUGCCCUAAUGGUACCCAAAGGGUGAGGGCUGUGUCUGGUGAUGGAGCACUGGGAAUCCUCAAGGAACAUGUCUUCAGCAGAAACCUUCAGCUGGUCUUGGUGAGAGCUGAGUGGACAGGACAUCAAACAUUCCUUGGCUGAAAGGACAGGUUGCCCAGAAAAUCUGUGGAUGCCCCGUCUGUGGAAGUGGAUCAAGGCCGGGUUGGAGUGGGCUUGGAGCAAUCUGAUCUAGAGGAAGGUGUUGUAACCAGAUGGGUUUUAAAGGUCCCUUCUAACCCAGACCAUUCUGGGAUUCUGUGACAGUUUUCUCCACCACUGCUUUCCCCACCCACCUUCCGGCUGUUCCUUUUAUUUAUUCCCACCUGUAGCCAAUUCAAAAUGUCUUCCAGAUCUGCAACCAGCCUCCACAAAGUGCCCCAGGCUGGAGCAAACAUCACCUGGGUGCUGUGGGGUCUCUGUAGUCACAACUUUCCACACUGCUUUUGCCAGCACUGCCAAACUCGCAGGCAACCCUGAUCAUGCACCAUGUGUGUGUGCUGAUAAAGACAGGCGUUGUCAGCAGGGCUGAAAGACACAUUUUGGGGUGUUGUUUCUUCACCAAGUCACAGUCUGGGUCAGAAAAGUGCAUUAGAAACAGCCCAGGUUGCAACAACAGGAAAUAUCGAUUGAAAAGCAGGAGAGUAAAUUACAUCCCUCAGUGAUAUUUUAUCAUGGAUUUAUGUUUCUCCAGUGACUGCUGGAUUAAACAUACAAAGGAAACAAGAGAAAUCCUUCCUCCAUGUUGUGCAAGCCCUGCUCCCUCGGGCAGUGCCCGGGGGUUUCCUCCACCCAGCUCUGCUCACAGCACCUCUGCCUCUCCCAGAGCAGCAAGCACUACCUGGGGAAGUGCUGCUCUGUUCCUCGGGGGUCACUGAGGGGAAAGGAGAAGUGGUGGUGGUUUGUGCUAACUCAGAAGCCCUUCUGAGAACUGGAGUGGCUUUAUUCCUGUGGCACUGUUGGCAUUUUUCUAGUGAAACGUGUGUAAUGGGAACAGGGCACAGGGAAGUGUGCAGCAGUGUUUGAGUGGGAAUUGUAGUCGGUGAUGUGGGGUGUGCUGGGGCUCAAGCCCAGGGGAGUUGUCCUGUGGGGUGAUGGAGGGAGAUGCCCAGGAGCUGGGAGGAUGCCAGGGAUGGUGCAGGCAGGGGAGCCAAGGCUGGCAGCAGGGCAGGCACGGGUGUGGGACUGGGCUUGUGGGGGAGCCUGCUGCAGCUGGUGGCUGUGCAAGGCUGGAAGAUGGAUGGGUCAGACCCUGCUAGAGCAGCAGCAGCUCCACUGGGCUGAGAGCAGGACAGGCUCUGGAAACCCAUCUGUCAGAUCUGGCUCGGAAAUGAUCACUUUCUGCCUCUAUUUUAGACUGAAAUAGCCAAAACCAAAGCAGGCCCCAACUGGGGAAUCCCUCAGCCUAUUUCAAUCCUUCUUUCUGCCCGUAAGCUGCACCCUGGGGGACAGCAGUGACCUAUAAAUACAUCCCUGCACUGCCCCCCAGCUGCAUUCCAGAGUCUCCCCGCUGGCAGGGUGAGCAGGUGCCCCUGUGAGCUCCCCUCUCCCUGGGGCUGGGCUUGGAAGGGGGAUGUGUGUCCUUCCCCAGCUCCACAGCCAGUGCUCCUGCUCCAUCUGGUGUGGGGUGUGGGUUGCAGCUGUGGGAGAACAUACAGGGAGGAACCCGAGCACCUGGCACUGCCCAGGGCAUGGCUAAAAAGGAGGUAUUCUGAAUUGUAUGGAGCUGAUGGGGACACUCAACAUUCCCUCAUGAUGGUGCCUGGAAAGCCAUGGCUCACAUGGAGCUGUGAUGUGAAUGGGAUGCUGGGGCAGCAAGAGGAGAUUCCACUUUCUGAGGUGUCCUUACAAAGCUGCUCUCAGCAUCUUUGCAAGGCCGUGGUGAUCAGGGAAGGCUCUUGGUGACUGGAGAACCCAAGGGUCCCACCCAGCUUCAGUAACAGCCAAAGGGCCAUCCCAGAGAGCAACAGGGCAGGAACCUUCAUGUUGGGAAAACCAUGGAAUAAUGUUCUUUGUUUGGAGUUCUAGAAAAAGAGGGGCUGGAAGAAGUCAGCAUGGACUGCUGAGGCUAAGUUAUGCCUGCCCAACCUGCUUUCCCCUCAGGAUGAAAUGGAUGGAUGUGUAGGCUAGGGGAGAGUGGUGGGUUCCCUGUGCCUCAGCAAGGCUUUGGACACAGAGUCCCACAGUGCUCUCCAUACAAAUGCAGAUGUCACAGUCUGGGUGGGUGGGCAGCAGGCAGGUCAGGAUCAGUGGCAGUGGAGUGCAGAGGGCUGUGGCCAGUGGGAUGUGUUCUGCCAGGAGGCUGCUGAGGGGGCUGUUUUGGGAUCUGUCCCAUUUCAUGUCUUCAUGCAUGACCUAAAGCUGGCUGUGAAGAGCCUUCCUGUCAAGUUCCCAGAGGAUCCCAAACUGGGAAGACCAACAUGGCUCCCUGCUGAAGGUCUGGGGUGGGCUGGAGGAACAGGCCAGCAGGAACCUCACAAUCCAGGCACUCCUUUGGCCUCAUGCAGCCCUCACUGGAGAGGGGGCCAUGCCCAGGCCGUGUCCUGGUCAGGAUGAAGCUGGUGGCAGGCUGGAAGUGGAGGAGAGGUUCCCAGGGGCCCUGUCCCUCCCAAGUGGGAGACCUUUCUGUGUUGUUAUGUUGUUGAGGCAAGGCCUGUGCCAGACCCCUGCACACCCUUUCCUGUCCUCGGAGAGCUGAGUCAGCCUUUACAUUCUUUUAAUUUUGGCAAGUGAGGCCUCAGCUUUCAAUUCUCUCCUGACUGAAGACCCCCUUGGCCAAGUGUGAGCUCCCUCGUCCUUUCUAGUGACAGCAAAGCACUGUGAUUUAACUGACACUUGCUCCAUGUUUUUCACAGCAGUGAUUCAUUUUGGGGUGGAGGAGGAGAGCUCUUCCAGCUGCUCCUCCAGCCACUCCUCUUAGUUCUGUCAGGCAGCAGUUUGUUGAGGCCCCUCAGUUUGGGGUGAAGGCCCAUCUCACCCACAGCCCUCACAGCUGCCUGGGUUCAGAAAGCCAAAACUCAGUUGUAAAAUUGGGUUGUAAAAUUUCCCAAAGAAUCCUAAUCUUAGUCCUCCAGUUCUUACAUGAGAACAGGACUGAUCUGUAGAGACCAGCCAAGGCAGACAGCUGGACUAAAACCUUUGGUGGGACAAGUCUGUCUGACUCUAGAACCCUCCCCAGCCUUUGACCUUCUACCACUCUGGUUUUUCAGAUACUUUAAGCACAUUCUCCCAGAACUGAGCACUUAUGAGGAAGCAUCAUCCAGGAGUGUAAGGACCCAACCAUCCCACUGCAGCAGUUUGAAAUCACUGUGUUUUCAAAAGUACUUUUAAGACUAAUUCAUUUUCAAGAUAUUCAUUCUAUUACAUGUAAGGACUUAUUUUUGUGUAAGCUAAAACUGGAGAUUUAAGCAUUGCUAGGGAAAUGUGAGAGCAAUAUUCUCAAUGCAGAGUUGAUUUAUCCAGAAUGACUGAUACAUAUUUAACUUCCCAGCAGGCAACAAUAAUCACCCUAUUUGUACAGUACAGCUUUAACAGUGUCCUCAGGACAUGAAUAUUUAAUGUUUCAUAUUCAGCCCAAGCUGACUAAAAUGUAAAAAAUUGAAAGAUUAAAUAAUUUAAAAUUCUUUUAUGGAGGAAAAGACUAAAACUAGCCAACAGUUUCAGCUAUGCAGUUUCUAUUUAAUCAAGUCUGGCUUCUUAAACAAAGCUCACUUAGGCCUGGGAUUGCUGUGGCACCUUGGGUUCUCCUGAGCCAAUGUAUGAUGGCAUUCUUCUCUCUGCUGGGACGCUGAGAUUUGUCUCUGAACUGCCAGUCUUUGUCUGGAAUCAGAUCUCUUCAUCUGACUCCAUGUCCCAAGCACAGGACUCCAGCUGCUCAUCCUGUGGGAAAUCCACCUCAACG